AUGUGCGAGGUCUUCAUCUACAAACAUACCAAGUGUGGAUGCGUCUGGGGUGAAAUCGCCGUUCCCUGCGGCCCGGGCAUGGGCUACACGACAUGUGGGCAAUUCGGCAGCGGCAUCGCGAAGCGGCCCCUCCGGCUCCAGAAGGCGGAGCACCGGCCGUGUCCGACGCACGACAUGUACGGGCUCUAUGACCGCAACCGGAUGCGGGCGAUCAAGAAAAUCACGCACGGCGUCAAGAUCGGGACGGGACCGAGCAAGCAAGACGCCGGGGUCGAAGUGGCUUGCUGCACUGUCAUGUGA